AGGGCUGUGGGCGGGGGCCCUGGCCGCCAGGCCUCAGGACCCGGGCGCCGCUGAGCGCACGCUCAGAGCCGGCAGCUCGCGGGAGGCCGGAGCUGAUGACCUGCGAGCUGGGGACUGACGGCUCGGGAGGGCCAGGUGGUCCCGGAGUGGGGCAGAGUCACGGGAGGUGGAGGACCCCGGAGGUGACGGCAAGGAGAGGACGCGAUGGCCAGGCGCUGCCGCUGAGGCGGGCGCGGGCGGGCGCGAGCGGACGGCGCGGCGGGGCUGCAGGCCGCACGCGGCGGGGCGGGGGAGGGCGUCCGGGGGGGAUGCCAUGUCUCGCGAGCCGCCCCCACGCAAGGACAUCCCCCGCAACCUCAGCUUCAUCGCGGCUCUGACAGAGCGUGCUUACUACCGCAGCCAGAGGCCCAGCCUGGAGGAGGAGCCGGAGGAGGAGCCUGGCGAGGGCGGGACGCGGCUCGGGGCCCGGUCCCGCGCUCACGCCCCGAGUCGCGGCCGCCGGGCUCGCUCGGCGCCCGCCGGGGGUGGCGGCGGCGGCGGCGGCGCCCGGGCGUCCCGCAGUCGCAGCCCGGACACCCGCAAAAGAGUGCGUUUCGCCGACGCGCUGGGGCUGGAGCUGGCCGUUGUGCGCCGCUUCCGGCCCGGAGAGCUCCCCCGGGUGCCCCGCCACGUGCAGAUCCAGCUGCAGAGGGACGCCCUCCGCCACUUCGCACCUUGCCAGCCCCGCGCCCGGGGCCUCCAGGAGGCGCGCGCGGCCCUGGAGCCGGCCAGCGAGCCCGACUUCGCCGCCCGCUUGCAGGCUCAGCGCAUCUGCCUGGAACGCGCCGAGGCGGGCCCGCUGGGCGUGGCAGGGAGCGCGCGCGUGCUGGACCUGGCCUACGAGAAGCGCGUGAGCGUGCGCUGGAGCGCCGACGGCUGGCGGAGUCAGCGCGAGGCGCCCGCCGCCUACGCCGGCCCCGCCCCGCCCCCGCCGCGCGCCGACCGCUUCGCUUUCCGCCUGCCCGCGCCGCCCGUCGGGGGCGCCCUGCUCUUCGCCUUACGGUACCGCGUCACCGGCCACGAAUUCUGGGACAACAACGGCGGCCGCGACUACGCUCUCCGUGGGCCCGAGCACCCGGGCAGUGGUGGCGUCCCGGAGCCCCAGGGCUGGAUCCACUUUAUCUAAGACCCCCCCACUCCACCCCCACAGCCCCACCUCACCCCAGCGACCGACGGGGACCAACGCCCACGGCACCCGGGGCUGGGGGAGCCCGGAAAUGUGUCCGAGAGAGGAAUAGGCGGACCUGAGAUGGGCGGGAAGUUGUCGGAAGAGCCGAGUGAUGGACGGAGAGGGGGUUGGGGGAGGGGCCCCGAAGGGGCAGGGGCGCGGUGUGCGGAGGUGCAGGAGAUUGGGGUGGGAUGCACGCGGGAUUCCUCCAGGGCUUGGCAGAGUCCCGGGAGCUGAGAUUCGAGCCGAAGGGGUGGCGGGUGGGGGGAUGACAGUGACCUCGAAGCUAUCUGUGGGCCCCAGGAGAAAGUGACAGGUCAUCAGGCUCAGCCAGGAUGGCCCUGGUUAAGGCACCUCCUUGGGACGGAGGCAGGCUCCAGUGGGAAGUAAGGGUGUUCAUUUGAUGACGUUUGCAUUGCUGGCUCAUUGCCCCCUUUUACGGGCUUUUGCCACCUCGGGGCCCGCAGCUCGCUCAUCUUAGCUUUAAACUUGACCUUAAUUGCCUUGCUUACACCCCAGGAACUUGGCCCUUGCUCCUGAGCCUGGCAUUAUGACAGGACUCCCUUGUCACUUUUGAGUCUCCAGGACUGGCUGGGGAAGCUCCUUCCUCCAGCUUUGAGGCAGUCUCGGGGAUUAAAAUGAAGGGGAAACCAACUCCAAGCCUCUCCUUGCAGCUAGACCAUUAAGCUGGCCUAAGGGGUUGGUAUACUCAGGGGCUUCCAGAAGAAAAUGCCAACUUUACCUUUCUGGAGUGCCUUUCAGUGACCUCUAAGCACUUUAUGAAUUUGUCAAGGGAUAAUAGUUUAUAAGAAUCGCCAUCCUUUCUGCCUCAGAAAAGGAUUGCUGAUAAGCCUCAUACCUUUGGGCCAGUUCACUUCAUUUCUUCAGGCCCAUUUUCUCUCUGGGAACUUGUUAUUAAAUGAUGUCUAGCGUCCCUUUCUGGCCUUGGCAUUUCUGCAGAUGAGACGUCACAUUCAACCUCUUGUUCUAGGAGUGUUGCAGUUCAGAACAGUGCACCCUGAGUGUCUGCUUGGGGCUGAGGACAGGUUCUCCGGAUUUGGUGUCUGAUGUUCCACAGCCCAGGGAGCAUCCCAUCAAAGGCUAGAGCCUCAGUCUAGGGCCUCUCAAACCAUAGCUCAUCCUCUGCCCCUGACCUGGCUUUUCACUCUUGCCCCACAAACUUCCAGGUGGAGUGCUCUCAUCUCUGGGGAGGUAUAUGUCCUUGUUGAGGAAUGUAUAUCUAUUUGUUUUUUUUUUUUUUUUUUUUUUUUUGCUUUUUGGGUCACACCAGCGAUGCACAGGGGUUACUCCUGGCUCUGCACUCAGGAAUUAAUCCUGGCGGUGCUGGGGGACCAGAUGGGUUGCUGGGAAUCGAACCCAGGUUGGCCAUGUGCAAGGCAAAGGCCCUACCCACUGUGCUAUCGCUCCAGCCCCCGGUUGGGGAUGUAUAAAGGGGGAAAAAGGAUAAAAGGAAACUGUUCUCUCUUGAGAAUAUGCAUUAAGAGUACGAGAAAUGGAAAAUACUCCAAUAAUCAAUUUGACCAUUCUCUUUAACCCAUUCAUGUUCAUAUCUUUUUAUCUCCCUAAUCUUUACCUGACAAAGUGACAUUUCCCCACUCCUGUGCUCAGCAUACUCUUUUCUUUUUUCCUCUCGUCACUCUUGUUUUUCUUAAAGCAUUUAGGAUUUUACCUUUCUUUUCUGUUUCUUUGUGCCACAUCUGGCAGUGCUCAGGCUUUACUCCUGACAGUGUUUGGGGGACCAUAUAGGAUGCCAGGAAUUGAACCCAAGUCAUCUAUGUGCAAACUCAGUGUACUGUCGCUCUGGCCUCCUUACCUUCGAUUUUCUCUCUUUCCAUAAGUCCCCCUUUUCAUCCCUGUGAUCUGUUUCUUUUCCCUCUAGAAAGGGUCUAUAACCUACUUCUUUUACUCAAGGACUACGGUUGAUCCACCUUCCUCCCUUAAAAUCCUUGACAGUCCUCUGGAAGGUAGAACAAGGAGUCCUGAUGCUGUUAAUGAACAAAGGAUCUCCCAGGAAAAGCAGUUCCCUACACCCUGCUUCCUAAUCACUGAGCCAGUGAGUGAGCACAUACAUAGCCACGUGAAUAUGCAUUCACAGUAGAGAGUGUGAGGGACCCAGAGUCUUAAUCUUUGGAAGAAAGAUAACUGAAAAGAUCCCUGAAUUAUUUCUCAUUCACAUGCCCAUUUAAACAUCAUCCCUAGAUGUUACAGGAAAAAAAACAGGUUUUUUUGUUUGUUUGUUUCUUUUAGGUCACACUCAGCAGUGCUCAGAGGUUACUGCUGGCUCUGCACGCAGGAAUUACUCCUGGCAGUGCUCUGGGGACCAUAUUGGAUGCCAGGUGUCAAACCCGGGUUGGCUGCGUGCAAGACAAAUGCCCUACCUGUUGUACUAUAUCUCUGGCCCUAAAACCAUGCAUCUUUUGGAUCAUCUUCAGGUCAAAGUUCAGCAGAGUGAAGAGGGAAACUACUGAAAAGCCAACAAUGUGUGUUGUGCUUUGUUUGUUGGGGGGGCCACCCCAUCAUACUUGGGUUAUUUCUGGCUCUGCUCAGGAAACAUUACUGCAAAUGUUUGGGGGACCAUAGAGGGUGCUGGGAAUCAAAGCCAGAUCAGCUGCAUAAAGGUGAGCAAGUGCCCUACCUGGUUGUACUAGCUCAGCCCCUGAGCAGUCUGUGAACAUAACAUAGUAAUCUUUUGCUUCAUGUAUGCAUAACUGUUAGGUCGAGGUAACUAUGGUGAUAGCUUAAAAAAAAAGGCCCUGUCAUUUGUUCACUGUCUCAGUUUAUAAAACAGGACUAGUAUUUUGAGCAUGAGAAGUCUGCAAAGCCUUUGUGCUGUUACAACUUUUAACAUUUAGGGGCUGGAGCAAUAGCACAACGGGUAGGGCGUUUGCCUUGCACGCAGCCGACCCGGGUUUGACACCUGGCAUCCCAUAUGGUCCCCCAAGCACCACGAGGAGUAAUUUCUGAGUGUAUGAGCCAGGAAUAACCCCCAUGCAUCACCGGGUGUGACCCAAAAAGUAAAAACGAACAAAAAAAACUUUUAACAUUUAAAAACAGUUGAGGGGGCUGGGGCCGGAGCGAUAGCACAGCGGGUAGGGCGUUUGCCUUGCACGCGGCCGACCCGGGUUCGAUCCCUGGCAUCCCAUAUGGUCCCCCAAGCACCGCCAGGAGUAAUUCCUGAGUGCAAAGCCAGGAGUAACCCCUGAGCAUCGCUGGGUGUGACCCAAAAAGCAAAAAACAAAAAAAAAAACAAAAACAGUUGAGGGGCCAGAGAGUUUAGCGGGCAGGGCAUUUGCCUUGCACACAGCCAACAGUUUGAUCCCCGAUCCCCGAUGCCCUGUAUGAUUCCCCCAAGCCCACCAGCGGUGAUCCAUGAGUACAGAGCCAGGAAUCCACAAGAGUCUCCUGUUAGGAAAAGACCUUGGUUCCUAAUGGUGCACUGCCUUCCCCUCCUCCCAGCCUCCAGAACUGGCUUGGAGAAGGCAAAGCACUGAGGCUCCCACACUUCGCCGCCUCCUCUCAGGGCCUCGCUGCUGUCUCUUGUUCCAGCGGCCUGACUGCAGGAGCAGCUAGGGGCCACGCCGCCUGCCUGCCAGAGAGCUUGGUAAUUUUAUCUGUGGGGACUGUCCUCCCUGCUCUCCCCACUCCUAAAACAGGCCAGUUCCUUAAAGUUUUCUCUGGGUGUUCCAUGCUUGGCCCUCUUAGGGAGCACUAGUAUUUGUUAGAUAUAUAAAUGUAAACUGCAUGAGUGCAGGCAAUCAAGAGUAUUCACUGUUAGUUGAGCUCUUCUCUGAAAAGGACCAAUUGUUGGCCAGAGUGAUGGUACAGCAGGUAGAGCACAUUUUCCUCUAUGCAACUGACCUGGGUUCAAUCCCUGACACCCUAUGUGGUCCCCCGAGCACCACCAAGAGUAAUUGCAAAACACAAAGCCAGGAGUAAGUGGAGCAUGCCAAGUGUAGAGCCCCCCCCAAAAAAACUAAAGUACUCAUUGCUGACCCAAGCCCCAUUCUCAGCUUUAUGGAACCCACACAAGCCUUUUGGUUCUUCCCAUAUAGGGCUGCCCUAGAUCCUAGGGGGAAAUGGAUAGUCUAAUCUGGCUGGAAAACACUUGGGGUUUAGUGCCAUCUUUAAGCACUGAGGGGCAUUUCCCUCUAAAGACUGUUGGUUGUAUGAGUAAAAGCAGCAAACACUUUAGCCCUCGUUUGGGAGGUAUCAUGGUCAGGUCCUUGAAGCAACACAGGAACACUGGCCCUUUUCUCUCAUGCAGAGCCCAGGUAUCUUCCUAUGCCAUCCUGUCUCAGCCUUCCUCCUAUUCCGUUGUUCCUCUAUGAAUGUAGCUCAUCAUCUUCAUAACAAGCCCUAACUCGUGUUUCUCUGGAGUUCCUCUGGAUCCUUGCAAUCCACAGGUCUUAGAAUUAGAGGCCUGAGAGGACUUUUCUUUAGGUACCACUGGCUCCAGGCUCCUCUACAGAUGAGCCCACAAGGAGAGAGGUGAUACGUGAUUGAGCAAGGGCAGAAAGUGUGUUACUACAGCUUGAGAUGGAGCUUACACCCAGGCCACAUCCCAUACUCCAGCUAGUAAACAAGCCCCUACACACGGAUUCUCCACAAGAGAAAACUGCAGAAAUGUUUCCUUUUCUUGUACUAAUUCCUGUUCCCUUCCUCACCUAGGCAUAGAGAGAAACAAAGGGGACUUGGAAUUUUUCCUGUACUCCCAGCUUUUGGUCAUCCUGCUAAACAGGUGAUGUUAAAAAGAGAAUAGGGGUCCAAGCCUAUUCAGUGGUAUAGUGAAUAAGGUGCUUACCUUGUGUGUGGCCAACCUGGGUUUGAUCCCCAACACCUCAUAUGGGCCUCUGAGCCCUGCGAGAUGUAAUCCCUGAGCACAGAAAACAGGAGUAAGACCUGAGCACUGCCAGGUGCGAUCCAAAACCCAAAAAGGUAAAAAUGGAAUAAGCCACCUGUUCAAUGAGAUGAAAGGAAAGCGCUGUGUGUGCUGUUCUCCAGAACUAUGAUCCUCAUCAGGCCUUCCUGGAGCCUCCCCACCCCUUCACCGUGCAGCCCUGUUGGUGGGGAAGAAAAUCCACUAGUCUAGUGCCUCACUUGCGCUUCCUCAUGCAGCUGCCUUCCAGUCCAGACACACGUCAUCAAAAUAAAGCUGAAACUUGAAAGUAAAA